CCCACCUCGAAAAAUCUCUCCCCUCACAACCCAGUCCUCCCACCGCACGAAACCGCAGGACCACGAGUCGCCAUGGCGAGCAAGCAGGCCCUCCUCCUCGCGCUCCUCGCCGCCGCCGCCUGCCUCCUCCUCCCCUCCGCCUCGGCCGCCACCGCUGUCGAGUACUGCAAUAGGCGCAAGGACUACCCGGUGAAGGUGAACGGGGUGGAGAUCGUGCCCGAUCCGGUCGAGCCCGGCAAGCCCGCCACCUUCAAGAUCACCGCUUCCACAGAUAAAACCAUUAAGGAGGGGAAGCUGGUUAUCGAUGUUAAAUAUUGGAUCAUCCCUGUCCACUCAGAGACUCAUGACAUCUGUGGAGAGACUUCCUGUCCAGCAAGCGGUGAAUUUGUGAUAGCUCAUUCGCAAACCUUACCAUCAUUCACUCCACCGGGUUCUUACACCAUCACCAUGACGAUGCUGGGGGCUAAGAACGAGGAACUGAGCUGCAUCUCGUUCGGGUUCAGCAUCGGGUUCAUUGCCUCCAGCUGAAUGCAUUUCAGUCGAGCACUAGAGAUAUCCUGUGGAUGUAAUUAUAUACAACUUUGUGUCCCAGUAAGCUAGUACUGGGUCUACGUACACUGUGGGUGUUGCUAAGCUUGUGUUCAACUAAGACGUUUUAUCCAGAGUUGAACAUAGCAAUAAAAAUUCUGGUGCUAUGAAAUUAAAUUAGUGGAGUUCUUGUAAUAUCUUUCAACACAGAAUUCGGUCUGGAUGUACACGCUUCCUAUUGACGGUUCCUGUUUAUGAGACCUUGCUUUA